CUCUUUUGAGUUUGUGAUCUUUGUUUCCUCUCCAAUUUUAGGCAACUAUGUAAGUCAAUUGAAAGAAAUAAUGGAAACCGUAAACAAACAAUUUUAUAUAUGGGAUUUUGGGCAAAUUAUAAAAAAUAACAUUCCAUUAUUUCAUCAAAACUUUGGAUGCAUUCCAUAAGACUCUAACUUUUAUUAUAUAAAUCAAAAUUUAUAGAGAACCAAAUGAAAUUUCAGUUACAAUAACAGAAAAUGAAAGGAAAAUAAAAUCCUUUUACACCAUUUUAAUUAUGUAAUAAAUAUUAAAUCUUUCUGAUUAAUUUCAUUGAGGACAGUACUCAAUUAGAUAUAAUGUUAUUUAUCUAGGGUUGACCACUAAUUUUAAUUGUUUGCCAUUUUUAAUUCUUACUUAAUAAUUUUCUGAAUCAGCUGAUCAAAUGACAAAAGUUCUACCGUUAGAAUUUGUAUAUAAUGUAUUACAAGCCCAACAUUUUGAUACCCAGUGCCCUAACUAUUAAUCUCUCCCAGCUGCAGUAGUUGGUUUUAGUUGGUUUUAUAUCUAAAGAAUUUUCCGUCUCAAAUAAGUGUUGAAUUUGUGUCAUAUACAGGGGAAACAACACUUUACAAUUACCUCCUAAAUAUGGAGUUUUCUUAUUUCCCUUGAAAUGUUUUUUUAGGUGUUGAAUUCUGAUUAGUCAAACAGAGUUUGCACAUUAUUUUGAUUAGGCUUUAGCUGUGAGUUGCUAUCAAUGCAGAUAUGAGUGUAGCAAAGGAAAAAACAUUUCAAAAUUCAACGAACAUUUUCCAUCCAGUUUAUGCUUUUUAGUACAGAUGAUUUUAUUCUUCGAAAAUAUAAUCGUUUAACAUCCAUGUUUUUGUAAAAAUCAUUAGGAGUUUAAAAAAAAAAUAAAUAUUUAUCUAUUAAAUCUUUACAAAAUAUAUUUAUAGCUGAAAUGUAAUUAAGUUCAAAUUUAAUUUUAAAUGUAUCAUUUACAUUUUUACCUAAUUAUCUUGGGAUAAAAAUUUAAAUACAUAAAAAAAAAGGAGGAUUAAUUUAUUGGUUAAUAUUUUAAAAUGUGAAUGUUAUAUUUUCUGUCCUUUUUUUUAAACUCUUAUUUCUGCCUAAGGCUGUAUCAUCAGUUUAUUGUAAAAUAUAUUGUCUUAAGUUUAAAAAAACCAUUAAAACAAAAUUACUCUAAAAACUAAGAUACUUGCAUACAAUUUUCACAUACACUUCAGCAGAAACAGAAACACACAUUGCUUCUACCUGACAUUAUUUUCUAAUUUUAAGGUUGAUUUGCUCACACUUCCAUUCAGACAUCACAAUAAUCAUUUCAGCUGACACGGAUAGGCCCCAAGUUCAUGUUUGUUGUGGGAAUGUUGGUAGGUGGAUUCUGUGCCAUUCUGUUUGGGUAAGUUGGUACAAAACAGAGACCAUGACAUGGUUCACUUAAUAUAUUUAUGUUCUAUUACCUCAGUAAAUAUUAACCAAACAUAGCGAUCAUCAACAGAGAUUCAAAAGUUAUUAAACUGACCAUACAAAUAUUUUGACAGGUGUAAAUUACUUGGUGUAAAUUUGAUUAACGUUUGAGCUAAAUUGCGUUUGUUUCAGGACCCUAGAUAAAUGCCCACCAGGGACUCCUUUCAUUAUUGUAUGCUUUGCCUGUCGCUGCAUUGAAGCCCUAGGACUCUCUGCAUUCAUCACUGCAGGAUUUGCCAUUAUCUCAAAUGAGUUUCCUAAUCAUGUUGCAACAGUCUUUGUAAGUACAGCAAUGAGGAGGAUAUGACUAGUCUUUGGAGCAUGAACAGUAAAAAAUGUACGAUCCAAAAUUCCCCUUAUCAUCAAUACAAAAGCUAUACAGAGAUAAAGUUUAUAACAGUUUUUGACUCCGUGGGUCAAAUUUUUUUCGUCCGCAAAGCCGAGGGCUGUGCAUUGCAUCUGAAAAGAAAAAUUUUGAAAAUAAGUUUUUCAGAAAAUUAUUCAAAUUAUUAUUACUUCUUACCUUAUGCAUAAAGAAACAUAUCUAAUCGCAUUAUUGGCCCAUCAAUAAUAUUAAAAGAAAGCUAAUAAAAACUAUAUCACUUAUUUAAUAAGAGAUUUUGCUUUAAAUUGUUCUUGCAAUUUUCUUAAUUUAAGGUAGUUUUCAGUAGCUGCUACUCUCAUUCCAUCCAUCCCUGUUGUGCUACAGCCCUUGUAGGGCUUCGGCCUGCCGCACCACAUCCUUCCACUCAGUCCUAAUUGAUGCUUUUACUUCUCCAUGCUUUGAUUCCGAGCUGCUGUAGAUCCUUCUCCACAUCAUCCAUCCAUCUAAGCCUAGGCCUGUCUUUGAGCCCUUUUCCUUGGAGGUUUUGGUGGUGCAUUCUCUUCACUUUUCCAUCAUUUGGCAUUCUUUCUAUGUGUCCAGCCCAGUGUAGCCAGCCCUUUUUUAUAAAUUUCUGCUACUAGUGUGUGAUCCUGAUAAAGACUAUACAAUUCCUCGUUGGUUUGGAUCCUCCAGUAAUUAUACCCGACUCCCCACCAUGCCUCCCAUGUGCAAGCAGAGAAAAUAAGAAGAUAGUAUCCAAUUUCAUGUCACUCCAUGUUCCCGAAUUGGUGCUCUGUUGAUGUGCUUAACAUAAAUAUCUACUUCCUGUCAAGCCAUCCCACUCUUUAGAUUUUUCUGCCCUCCCCCUUUUCCAUGUUGCAACUUCUCCUGAGCUCGUGUGUGAUUUCCAAACGAUACUAAACCAAUAAAUGUUAUUUGAAAAUAUUUUUACCCUAAAAUUUAAUUUUUACCGACAUCAUACAAAUUUCUCCAGCUCUGGCUGGCCUUUUAAAAUCAGUUCUCAGGCCUCAUGUGACCAGCAGGUGGGACAGCACUGGUUGGAAGAGUUUAGCUUGAAUAAUACUUAUUUUUAUAUUAAUGAUAUUUUUGCAUGCAUCUUUGUAGAAUCUGUUUCUCUAUUUCAAAUGACCAUUUUACUUUGUUUCAUGCAUGAAAAAAAUAAGAACAACUGCAGCACUUGAUAAAUUGUCUUGUAAAAAAACAUUGGUCUACAGAUCAUAAACCUGAUCACACAUAUAGGAAUAUGUAAAACUGUCCAAAUGAAAUUAUUAUUUAUUUUCCACUUAUUUUAUUUUAAGGCACUUUUGGAAACAGCUGACGGCAUUGGUCUUAUGGCGGGCCCUGCCAUGGGUGGUGCCUUGUAUGAGGUGAGACAGUCACUCAAUGAAUCACUUACUGAGACAACUGCAGUCUAAUUGCUCAAUUUAUAUAAUAUAGAGAGCAGGAUAUGUUACAGCUGUAACAACACAAGGCAAUAAAACAAGCAUUUCGGCUGAAUUCUGUCCUAAGUGAAUACAAUGAUAAAGAAAAUCAGACCAAAAAAAAUAUGAACAUUUUGGCUGACCACCUUCCUAAGUGAACUCAACAAGAAAGAACACAAGAAAAUCAGACCAAAAAAUUUAGCUUAGCAAGUAACUUGACAUGAAGUUGUUUGUAAGCCUCACAUGAGAACUUUGCCUUUGACUACAUAAGAAUUGUAAGAAUUUUGGUAAUGGGGUUACUAAGAAAUGUCAAUGCUUCAAAAUAUAAUUAUUAAAAAAAUCAAAAUUUCCCUCCAUUCUAUUUAAUGCUGCUCAUGUGCAUGCAAAGCUGGAGAUGGACACAGAUUAAAAAAAAAAUUGAAAUAUCUUCUACUAGUACUCUUUAAACCAGCAUUUCCCAAAAUUUUAAGUUUAGUGGACUGGUGGACAUAAAAUUAUACUUUAUUUCAUCAUAAAUAUUCAUGAUCCACAGACUGGCAAUUAAAGCUCACAUACCAUUGCCGAUCUGCGGAUCACCAUUUGGAGUAUGCUGCUCUAAACAAUUAGUAACAUGAACAAUUUGUUAAUUCUCCUUAGCUUGGAGGGUUUGGUUUGCCCUUCUUUGUGAUUGGAUCUCUGAUACUGGCAACUGGAGUAUCCAUGCUUUUAUUUCUACCUCAACCCCAGAGUAAGUGCCCAUUCAUCAAAGUUCUUUCCCAUUUAUCAAAUCUCUAUCCCGUUCAUCAAAUCUCUUGCACAUUCAUCAAGUUUCUUGCCCAUUGUCUUGCCCAUUCAUCAAGUCUCUUACCCAUUCAACAAAUCUGUUUCCCAUUCAUUUAAUCUCUAUCCCAUUUAUCAAAUUUCUUUCCUAGUCAUCAAAUAUCUUGCCCAUUCAUCAAAUCUCUUGCCCAUUUAUCAAAUCUCUUGCCCCUUCAUCUAAUCUCUAACCCAUACAUCAAAUCUUUUUCCCAUUCAUCAAUUCUUUUACCCAUUCAUCAAAUCUCUUGCCCAUUCAACGAAUCUCUUGCCCAUUUAACAAAUCUCUUGCCCAUUCAACAAAUCUCUAUCCCAUUCAUCAAAUAACUUGCCCAUUCAUCAAAUCUCUUUCCCGUUCAACAAAUCUCUUACCCAUAAGUUGAUCAUCAAAUCUUUUACCCAUAAGUUGAUCAUCAAAUCACUUGCACAUUCCUCUUUCUCAUUGAUCAAAUAUCUGGCCCGUUCAUCAUUCCCCUUUCCCUUUCGUCAAAAUUUCUUCCAUGGGCUCAUCAUAUUUGUACAGAUCAGUUUUUGGAGUGUCUGUCACUAAUUUUUUUUCAGCUAAUAUAUUUCUACAAAGACACUUUCCUAGCUUUUUUACUGGGCUAUUCUAUUUCCUACUAUUCAAAUAUCUUGAACUAGAGGCAGGAUAAUAUCUAAGAAAUAUAUUCACCUUAUUUAAUACUUUCCCCAGAUAGACAUGAAGAGAGAAAAGUCAGCAUCUUCUCUCUAUUAAAAAGUCCCAUGAUAUGGUUCACUGGCCAGGCCAUUGUUGUGGCUUCUAUAGGAAUUCUGUUUUUAGAUCCUACCUUAUCCAAACAUUUACAACAGGUAAGUUCUAGAUUUUUUUAUUUGUGUUCCAUCAACACUGUCAAUUCUUAGUUACCUGGUGAGGGGCUACCCGAUAAAGGAGUGGAUGGCAAAGAACUAACUGAUUUUUCUACACAUCUACAUGCUAAGAAAUGAAUUUUUUUAAUAAUACCUAGUAAUAGUGAAAACCAGAAAUGAAAUUAUUAAAAAUUUAUUUUGUAUGAGAACUAGCUAAUGUCUAUGAGCAGUAGCUUAUGUAUAGCUCCUGAGUGCUGAAAAAAUUGAACUCCAACUAUCUCCUCCUCCCCCCCCCCCAAUCCCCCCUAAAAAAAUUAAUAUAAAUAUAUUAUAUGUAUUCUAUAUAAUAUAUUAUAUAAUUCUAUUAAACAUUACAUUUUGUGCUCUCAUUUUUUCCUUCCAGUUUGACUUAUCCACUGCUGUUAUAGGUCUGAUAUUUGUCAUCUCUCCUGGCCUGUAUGGCCUCACAUCACCUAUAUGGGGUUAUAUCAGUGACUCCAAGGUAUUUGGGGCUAACUUGAUAUAUUGGUAUGGGAUUUCAUGUUUAUAUUGAUUUUCAAAUAAUUUCCGUCAUGUCAGACACAUUUUUUCUUGAGGUCUCCACACUUCACAAAGAUGGUUUUAAUUGUCACAGAAAUUAUCUUAACUUAUUUAUUAUUAGUCUGUAAUUAAAUAAUGUGAUUUAGAUUAUAAACUGUUUUGAUCUAUGAGCUAUUUCGCCAAUCUUUAAAUAAUUAUAAUGCAUAUAUAAAUAAAUGCAUUGCAAAUAUUCUUACGACCAAAAAGAAUCAGAAAUUAUGUAUACAUGUUUGUGGUUUGAUUACAUAAGGAUUUCAUUAAUUUAAAUCAACCCAAACUUGAAAAUUCGAGCUAAAAUGAAAAUAAUAUAUAUAGUAUAUUUAUGAUGCGGUCUUUAAUUUAUGGUAGAACAUGGCUAUUUAUAUAUCUGAAUAUCAUGGCCAUCAUUGUUAAUGACCCUUGGUUCUCUUUUUAUUUUCUAGAAAUUACGUGGCUCUUUGAUAUUCCUAGGGAACCUGAUGUGUGGAAUAGCAUUUCUAUUUAUAGGUCCUAGUCCUUAUCUUCCUUUCCUUCCAGAGUGAGUGAAAGUUGCACAUUCAAGAUGUAAAAUGAAAUUGUAAAAUUUAUUUCGUUGACUGUCAUAAAAAAUAUGUUAAUUCCAAUUGUAAAAUUUAUAUGAACACAAUUUUAAAAAAAGUCUAUUUUUUUAAAGCAAUUUUUUUACUUAGCAAUGUGACUAUAUGAGCUGGAUGGGGGGCAUACUUUCUGAAAUAUUAAUUUUUUUUUAAUGACUUUAAUUUUCUAUGAAUUCAUUUUACACUGAGAUAAAUCAUGUUUAUUUCCUAAAGCAUUGUUUCUUUUUUUUUUGUUGUCAGUGAGCUCUGGGUUAUAAUAGUUGGGCUUGUCAUCGUGGGAAUCUUCAUUUCUCUGGCUGUCGUCCCUACCAUGAACUGUUUACUGAUAGGUGCCACGUGAGUAGAUCAUGUUUGACGUUAUUGAUUACAGACACAAAUUAACGUUUGCUUAAAAAGUGGCUUCUUAUAUUAAUUUGUUAGUCUUUCCCUUAGCAGGAAUACAGUUCGUUGAACGUUUCCCUUUCACUUUAUUAGUGCAUUGUAUUUCACUUUUUUUUAAUAAAUGGUUCUUUAUUCCUUCCAGUGAGCUUGGUUUUGAAGACAACUUAGAUACGUAUGGAGUCAUUGCUGGCUUGUUUAAUUCAAUAUUUUGUUUGGGGUGAGUUCAAAAUAGCAUUGCAUUAUUAAUGUUUUUUUUUAUUUACAGAUUUAUGUUAAGAAUUAGCUCGGCCAAUCAGAAUGCAUUAUUACAAGUCAAACAUGAUUAAUGGCAAGAUAAAGUAUUUCAAGUUGCAUGCUGUUAGUAAUAUUCUUCAUGUUCAUCAUUUCAAUAAGACCUUGAUAAUCCAGAUUAAUUUUAGUUUGACCCCAUCCUUAUUAAUGAUUUAUCAGGUUUUUGAAUUAGCAUACAAAUAUGUUGUAAAUAUUGAGCUCAUGGCUUACCAUAUGACUCGUGAAAGGCUACUGUAAUGGCGGCAGCUUGAACAUCUCCUUUUUAGUGAUAAUUGUUUGUCAUUUUUAGAGAUGCAUUCACUAUUAAUCACGUUGCGAUUUUCACCCCACUGAUUUUUUCUUCAUUGUACCGUUAUUUAUGUUAGGAUGUUGCGCACAUUUUAGACCCUGAAUUAUUAUUUUGAGAAAGUACCCUUGCGCUUUAAUAGUUAAUGAGUAUUAAUUUAAUGACACAAAUAGAGACUGCCAUGGUAGUAUUAUUAUUUUAACUUCAUACUUAUUAAUGAAAUGUUCGUCUUUCUGUCCUGUAGGAGUAAGAAAUGAAUAUCUGACAAAGUAUUGAACUAAAAGUGGCAAGCUAUAAAUAUACUUUUACUAAUCUACUCUUUACUUGUCUUACUGAGACAUUUUGUAAGAUUUCAAGCAUAUGUUGUAUUCCAUUGAUGUGAGGCCAGGAUUAAAUUACAACCACCAUGAACCCAUCCCUCAACUGUCAAGUGGGAAAAUAACUUCCGUGCUAUUUUAUCAUGUUAUAAACCCACUAUCGCCACUAUUGGAAGAGAAUAAUAGUAUCAUUCAUAUUUAUUGUUGAAAUACCCAGUAGAUACCCAGUAAAUACCCAGUAGAGAAACUUACAUUAAAUGUUACAUCACCUUGUGUUAUAAUAUAUAGAGGCUAGAAAUUUGUUUUUUCUAUGGCUGUUGAGAGGGUGCCCAACCCCUAGACAACCUGCCAUGCAAUAUCCAAUCUUGACUUUCUACUUACGGAUUAUGGACAUGAACUUUUUUUUAAGUAGAAAAACCAGAAACAUAUUUGUUGUUGAAUACUUCAUGCAUCCAUAAUGGUCUAGUUCUUUCAUAUAUCAUUUUCAUAUUAUUUGUCCUUUCCAUUUACAAAACUCCUUUCAUCUUUCCAGGUCAUUCACUGGGCCCAUGUUAGGGGGUAUUUUAAUAGAAGAGCUCGGAUUCAGGUACGGAGCCACUGUUAUAAGUGGAAUCUACUUUUUUGUGGUAAGUCUGUGGGUCAAAUCUAGACAAGACUUUAGGACUAGUUGAUUGCACUUUCUGUGUGCAUGUCAGGGAUAAUAGUUAUCACUGAAUUUUUAACAUUUCCUCACACAUCAUCCUCACCCUUAAAUUUCAAGAGAGAAAAUCGUGGAUCAUUAGAAAAGAAACACUUUUAUGAUUGCAAAAGAAGUACCUAAUCAAAUAUAGAGUGAUAUGCUCUACCAUGUACUUUGCCCUUCUGUAACUCUGUGCUGUACUUGGGGUUCAGCUUUGUGCUUUACUGGGUUUGCAGCACUGCUCUACUGGGAGUACAACACUGAUCUACUGGGUGAACAUUAAUAUGUUCUACAAGGUGUGCAGAAAUGUGCUCUAAUGUGUGUGCAGCACUGUGCUCCACUUGGUGUGCAGCAAUGCACUGAGCUACACUUGGUGUGAAUACUUAUGCAGUUUUGGCUCUACUUCUGCUUGGUGUCUAUCAUGCACAAUCACAAUUCCCAAUAAAUUUUGUACAGGUAAUCGAAGUUUCAAAAGUAUAUUGUUUAGAAAAUUUGAAAUAUGAACGAUAUUUUUUUAAUCUUUCUGGAUUUUUUCAAGUAAUAUUUAUUUUACUUUUUAUAUCCAGAUGUUUAGCUGCGGGUCCUAUUUUUUAUAUCGCUUUUUAAGUGAAAGGUCAACAAAACCAGGCAUUCUCAGUGUCCAUUAUGAGAGCAUCAAAUCAGCAGACGACGAUGCCAACAACCUGACAGAAGACAGCCCAGUAGUUUGACAAGUGUACAUGCC